GGCUGGUAAGAAAGGUGGCAAGAAGGGUGCUGGAAAAAAGGGAAAGGGCGGAGCGACAGCUAAAGGCGGAUCUGAUGGCGGGCGCAAAAAGGCAAGGGGAGUAGUUUUCUUCGUCGCGACACGUCAUCACGUCGAGUUCUUCGCGAGUCUCUUCCGUCGCGUCACUGGCGUACCAAAUGUGUCCAUUGUGUACGGAAAUAUGGACCAAGAGGCGCGAAACAGCGAGGUAUCGCGGUUCCACAAACAUCGAGGUGUCUUGAUUACCACAGAUGUCGCGGCGCGUGGUAUCGAUAUUCCAUUGCUGGACUCUGUUAUCAAUUACGACUUCCCAGCGUCCGCCAAGCUCUUCGUGCAUCGCGCAGGGCGAACAGCCCGUGCAGAGGAGCAGGGUUUGUGUACAAGUCUGGUCGGCAAGGACGAUUUGCCUUACUGCAUGGAACUUUUGCUUUUUCUUGGUCGAAAAGUACGCAUUCCUGGUAUGGACGGCCAGGCGCUUGAGAGGAUUGACGCGGACGGAGCAUCUGCUUCAAAGGACGAUGAGCGAGCAGACGGAAAAGCAUCAGAAGAUAUCGUCUGCAAAUCUGAAGUUGAUACCGAGGACAAGAAAAGCAAAGUCUCUCGCAAUGACGGCAUCCUCGGAUCUGUCCCUGAGCUGACCGUGGAGGUGGAGGAGGUGACGCGACUUUUCGACUCGAACGAUCCCGGCAACGAUUUGGGUACGCUUUCCCGUUCUAUGCAGGCUUCGUACACGCAGUACUUUAAGACGCGAACUGCAGCUUCGAAGCAGUCCGUGCGACGUGCUCGGGAUCUGCUCGCCGAGAUUGGCGGCGCACAACGGAUGCAAUGCCUGACUCAUCCGAGCUAUUCGCAUGGAGGAGAUUCAAUUCUAGGAGGUAAUAGCCGAGGUGCGGGCGGCGGGAAGGGUGGCUCUCCAUGUACUUCUUCAGCUUCCGGAUUGGGCGGCCGAACCAACAUUGACGAUGUUACAUCCAAGGUGCAGAGCUUAGUGCAGCGCGGGGCGGUCGUGUCUGGCAAGAAGAACAGCAAGAAAGCAAAAGCUUCAACAUCGGUUGAGGUUACUGUCACUGAAACUAGUGCGGCGAUGACAAAGGUGAUUGCUGGUGGGGAGACCGUGGAAACCAGCAUGACUUUGACACCGGCUAUGACUGGGUCCUCGUCCUCGAGUAGUUCUGUCGCAUUUAUGUCGCAGCUGAAGCAGGGCAUUCGUGAAUUUCGUCCCGGUAUGGCUCAGGAGCGAGGACAGAAAACGAGUCCGUACGCAGUGGUAUCUGUCGGGGCUAGCGCGGCUAUGAAGGGUCAGCUUGCGGAGCGAAAAGCCUUCGAGGACGGCUGCGUCAAGCUUAGAGAAAGCAUGAUCGAAACAGAAACGAGAGAGCGACAGCAAGAGGAUGCCGAGCGGGAGGAGGCGCGGGCAGCAGACAAUACGGAAGAUUCUUCUAGCGAGGACGAAGACGACGAAGCACUUGACGGAGAGGGUGACGACGCCGACAAGAAGUCAGUAACAGCGGCAAGAAGUGUCAAGAAGAGCAAGAAGGACCGACACGUUCGAAAAGUGUCGAAGGCCGAAAGAAAGCGUCUGAAAGUGCGACGCACAUCCAGCGCGACUGAUGGAGAUGACGCACAGACUCCAAGCUUGUCAAAAGCAACUGCCGCUGGUAACGAGGACGACUCAUCCUCAGAGAGUGAGGACGACCAAUUUCGUAUCUCAGUAGCUGACUACCAAGUGGCCCCAGGAGAGAAAGCCUCUGGUGCGUCCUCCAAGAAGGCUCUUCCAUCGCGGUCUUUGAGCGGAAAGACCAAAGCAAGCGCAUCAACUGUAACUGGCGCAGGGGAAGACCUGUUCACACGCGCUGAGGCUAGCUGUCGCGACGAGGCGUUCUUCUUAUCGACGGAGCGCACUAUAGAGGAGGACGCUAGGGAUCGCGGGCUCGAUUUGGACCGUUACGAGUUGAACCUUAUGGGCGACGACGGCCGCGACCUGCAGAAACAGCAGUACGUGCGAAGAUGGGACGCCAAGAAGAAAAAAUAUCUGCAUGUGAAAUUGGGCCCCGACGGUCGCCCAGUGCGCGAGAAGAACCGCAAAAACGAAGCGGGCGCAAGGGUUUCCGGCGAGGCGAAGCGGACCGACUUGUACGCUAAGUGGUCCAAGAACGCGAAACAACGCAUCCAGCAAUUAGGCGAACUCGAACAUGCCAACGCCGCGAUGAACUUUCUUGCCAGCAAGGCCAAACCAAAAACUGCAGAAGGAGGUAGUGCCGCUUUUAUCACAUCAACUUGUAAAGAUGAUUCUGGUAAUGUCGGACUUAUUUCUAGUUUGCUUCAGGGAUCUGUUUCGGUACUUGUCAACACACUGCUCUAUCACUCAUGCGUCGCUCUUUGAUCUAUGAAAAUGUUGUGGUAAUCGCUACAGCUCACAUACUCUGUCUAUUUCAUUUCGUGCGAGAAGUCUAUCUCCCUCUUUUAUUCUGACAUUAAACAGGUGAAGACGUGUCCGGCGAUACCGGCGCGGUCGAAUUCAACGAGGAAGGGCAGGCCGUGGAAAAGAAGCCCAUAGUUCCAUUCUUCGGAGAGGUCGACGCCAAAUAUUUGACGAACAAGCAGAAGAGACGGCUCGCGAAGCAGGAAAAGCAGCGCGCCAACCCGGUGACGCACGGAGGCGUGGGCUUGGCGGCCGGGACUCGGUCGGCCUCGGACAUCAAGAAACUGCGAAAGGGACAAGAGAACAUGCGCAUGAAAAACGACAAGGAGUUCCGCAAAAAGCGACUCGCAGAAACGAAAGCGGCGUACUGGGAACGCCAGGAGGAGAAGAUACGGGCAAGGCAGGCACGACCACGUACUUUCUCCGUCUGGGUGGGAGGCAAAAAGCCACUCACCAAGAAGGAGGAAAAGAAGAAGGGCAGAAGGGGUGGAAGAAUGGUGCCGCUGUAAACACAUCUGCUCUAUUUGCGGCAAGCUCUUCUCUGAUCUUGCGGCUCGGCGACAGCUCUAUUUUGUUCCAUCGAAUAAUUACUCGACUCUGAAAAUAUUGUUCCAUCUUGCUUUCUCUCCUUGCUGUGAGAAUUGUCCAAUGCAUCUUUGUGGACAUGACCAAGAUUCUCAAUACCACAACAACUUCAUCGAAAGAAGGC